AUGGAGAGCGAGGAAGACCUCGGGAUGGACCGCAAAGCUUCCAAAGCGCAGCGGUUCUUUGGAACAGAGCUGUCAAUCCCCGAACAUGCGUGGCAGGAGCCAAAAAAACAACGCCGACCCAGCUAUAGAACACCACCCAGCAGUGCCCCAAGGCAGAGCAGCGGCUUCGUGCCUUUCCCCACGGAGAAUACCCCCAUCCCCGACCAGAACCUUCGUGUGCGGGCUUCAUCGCCUCUGCUGGGGGUGAACUACCGAUCGCAAGAGGCCGCACCGCCGCUCCCCAAGCCCUCGAAAAAAUCCACCACUCCGUCGGCCAAGGCCGAAUCGCUCCAGCCUAAAGUGCGGAACGGACUGGGUAUUGAACCUCAAGUGACGCUGGGUGAGGCUGCGAAUCCGCCGAAGGAGUCGAAGCGGAAGAUGCGUCCUCCGAGAAUUGAUCUCUCCGUUUUGUUCCCCAAGCCUCGGAAUACCAGUGCGCAUAACGGUCUUUUGUCUCCGCAACGAAUGACCAACUCACCGUCUCCCGUUUCCACGGUGAUUUCGGAUUUCCCUUCCAAUCCGGCUCCCCAGCAUAUUCCCGUUUCCAUCCCCCGCAAGGUUGAAAGGACUACCGAUCAUUCCAGCAAGAGAUACCCGGAUGCACCUCCUCGUCGGCCAUCCCUCCAGUCACUCAAGAGCGAGUCCAAAAAGCAUGUCGAUAAUUCGGAUCUGCCAUCCAUUGCUGAGACCAAAAAUAGCGAGUGGUAUGACCAGCCGAUGGAGCGCACGGUAGGCACAAGCGAGAUCGAUCUGGCCCUGGACAGAUAUGCAGGCCGGCGUUCACUCUUCAGUCGCUCCAGUGUAUAUUCCAACAGCCGGGAGAACUUGCCGCUAGAACGGCAACGGACUCCAGAGUCCAAACCGAGCGCGAGGCGUGCUCAUAGUCCCUCUACCAGAACCAAGGAUAUGUACCUGAGCCCAACUGCUCGUCCAGAGAUAGUCCGCCCUCGUGGUAUGAGCUCUUCCCAGGAAUCCUGGAAGACCAAGAAGAGCGAAAAGAGCUCGACAUCCAAGAAGAGCAACAGAAGCACGUUGAAGGACAGGGACCUGCAAAAUUCUAGUGUUCUCUGCCUUUCCUCGUCCUCGGAGGAUGAGGAUGAGCAAAUUACCCCCACUGAGCCAAAGCGCAGUGGAAAGAAGAACUACAGGGACAGUGUCGCUACCUUUGAUGACGAUGAGCCUGAGAUCUUCACUGCUUCUACGGCCAAGGCGGCCACGGCCACAACUCCAACUUCGCGACGCUUCGAUCGGCAACCAUCAACCGGCAGUCUCAAAUCCCAACCUGAAAAGAUCCAGCCGGCUCCAGCUCGUCGCAAGGCUUCCCACUCCUCCACAGGAAAGUCUUCCACCGGCAAGUCUUCCCAGACAACCCGACGCACCACUCAAACUCGACGCUCAAGUGGAGUUCCCACCAUUGAGGCAGACCUUCUCGCACAGUUCCCACAGCAGCCUCUUCGCUCCCCCGCAGAGCUUAAGGAGCUGAACCGGAGAAGUCGCGUCAUCGCUGUGACCCGGCAAGAGCAGGACCUUCUCGAAGCAAUGCGCGUCCGAAAGGGCAAGGUCACGCCGAGUCUCUUCAACUAUGGGAACCUCCCCGAGGCAGACCGACGCUCAAUCCUCUCAGGUCCCUCGCGCGAUUCCUUUUGUGGAUCCGAUACCUCCUUCCUACGUCUCAGCAACGUCUUCCCGCCAUUCAAUACUCCAUCAGUGAAAGGUGCAGCCCACUUGGACAAAGACGGCACACCCUCCCAAAGCUCAGGCUCUGAUACUGAACAGAAAACCGGUAACUCUGUUGCCUCCCCGGGUUUUAGUGCCAACUACUCCGAGAGCCUGCCCUCUCCCGCCACCAGUGGUGCCUCGCCGCUCACUCCAACCCUGCCAAUUCAUCGCUUCUCGCCGCUUCCGUCCCCAAAGCCGCCCCCAAGAGGACCCCCGCCUGCCAUCCCCGAAGAUCAGAAGCGGCACUCCCGCCGUCGCACUGAUAGCAGCGAAGCUAUCAUGCUGGAAGAGAGCUGUGACCCGAAGCGCAACCAGGGUCUUCCUCUUUGGUCGUUCAAUUUCGAUUGGGACCAGGAGCGCGCUGGUAUUGCUACCGUACACUGA